GCUCCUUAAGACAGAGCUCCUUGAAGACCCAAUCCAACUUUCAAAGCUUCAGGACACAAUGUCAGAACAAGAGGUCACAAUUGAGUCACUGCCGAAGCUUCUGGAGAAUGACACCAAGGUCAAGCUCGCAGGAGUUGACGUCGAUGGUAUUCUGCGGGGUAAGCUGAUAUCCAAGAAGAAGUUCCUGGGAAUCGCCAAAGAAGGCUUUGGAUUUUGCUCUGUGGUCUUUGGAUGGGAUAUGCAUGACCAGACCUACUUCAAGGAAUUGAAGAUCAGCAAUGCCGAGAACGGUUACCACGAUCUCAUUGCUAUUCCCGACCUGAGCACCUUCAGGAGGAUACCUUGGGAGGACAAUGUGCCCUUCUUCUUGAUCUACUUCAAGGACCCAGACUCCGGAGAGCCGGUGAGCGCAUGCCCAAGAGGCUUGCUGAAGACGACUGUGGACAAACUACAUGAGAAGGGAUAUGGUGCCAUGGCUGGAGCCGAGUAUGAAUUCUUCCAAUUCAAGGUUCCGUCUGAGAACUCGAGCGGACCGGUCUCCGAGCGAAAUUCCUCGUCUACUUCCACGUUUCUGCGAGACAAUCCUGUUAAUACUCUCCCUUCCUUGACCGAAGGCAUGUUCGGGUACAGUUUAACACGACCUGUACAGAAUAAGGACUACUACUAUGGCAUAUUCGAUGCUUGCGAGAAGUUCAACUGUGGAAUUGAGGGCUGGCAUACCGAGAGCGGACCUGGAGUCUUCGAGGCUGCGUUAUCCUUUGGAGAGAUUCAGCAGAUGGCAGAUAAGGCUGGACUGUUCAAGUAUGUCGUCAAGUCGAUAGCAUCGGGAUAUGGAAUCACACCUUGUUUCAUGGCGAAACCGAGACAAGGCCUUCCAGGAAACAGUGGACACAUGCACGUAUCAAUCGUCGAUCAGAACGGCAAGAACCUAUUCUUCCGCGAGCAAAAGGACACAAAGGCGGAAUGGAAAGACAUCGAGAACUUGUCAGACAUGGGCCGACAUUUCCUCGCUGGACUCCUCGAGGGUCUCCCAGAUAUCAUGCCUCUCGUAGCACCUACCGUCAACUCCUACAAGCGCCUCGUGGAGAACUUCUGGGCUCCCGUCACCGUCUCCUGGGGUCUAGAGCACCGCGCGGCAUCAAUCCGAUUGAUCGCACCACCAACAUCCAAGCCAGGAGCGACGCGAUUCGAGGUCCGCGUCCCAGGAGCAGACGCGAAUCCAUUUUACGUGUUGGCUGCUAUUCUAGCACUGGGCUGGAGAGGCGUGGAGAUGAAGCUCGAGAUCAAGCAACCGCCUCUUGGCAAGGGACAAGAUGUCGGCGGGAAGGCAGACCCAGGCGUAAGACUUGCUAAGAGUCUGAAAGAGGCAACAGAGAGGUUCAUGAGACCCGAGAGCGUGGCCAGAGAAGUCUUCGGCGAUGAGUUCGUAGAGCAUUAUGGUGGGACGAGAGAGCACGAGAUUCGCUUGUGGGACGAAGCUGUGACAGAUUGGGAGGUGCGGAGAUACAUCGAGACUGUUUGAUUACGAACUUGCUCAGCGCGCGUAGUGGUUUGUUGCAAUGAUACCAUUUAUAUUGGUGGGCAGUACCGG